AUGCAUUACGCUACUCUUCUUCUCGCCGCCGCUGCGGCCUUGCCCAGUGUUUCUGGCCGUACCACUCUUCAUACUCGCAAUGGCAAGCCUGUUGUCGAGACCACCACCCUUGCCAACGGCCAAGUUAUUGACUGGGUCAUGUCGGACGAAGUUGCGCCUCCUACAGGAAUUGAAGACACUCUGGACCAGGUGACUAGGCCUCUUAACGGUCCUAAUGGAGCCGUGCCAUACCUUCGGCCCAGCCCGGCCUUCGCCAGCAAAGUCAAGACCCUACCUGAUCAGCAAGAGGCCCUGUCCAAACGGUCGGUUCCACUGAAUCACAAGUAUGUCUUUACUAAACAGGCCGUGUCCAACCAUGGCGGCGGAGCAAGCUUCAGUCUCUACGACCCGUACCUUCAAGACACCAACAGCGACUUCUCCUUGAUCCAGCUCGCUGUCAGUAACACGAACGUGUACAAUUCGACAAACCAGAACAUCCAGCAAACCUUGGAGGCGGGCUGGCAAAAGUACCCCGCCUUCAACCCUCCCGAGGUUCACUUCUUCACCUUCUUCAAUACCAACGGGUACAACGGCAUCGGCAAUGGCCUCGCCGGCUACAACCAGGACGUCAAAGGCUGGGUCCAGCUCGACCCGAACGUGCAUCCGGGUUACUCCGGCUGGACCCUUUCAAUCGACGGUAACAGCAGCGCCCAGUACGACGUCGACAUGCGGUACUCCCUCGUCGGCGACAAGUGGUACCUGGCCAUCAACGGCCGCAACAUCGGCUACUACCCGGCGUCGCUGUUCCAGAACGGCAACAUCGCGCAGGGCUCGUCGACCUUGCAGACGACGGCCGACCACAUGGCCUUCUACGGCGAGAUCUACAGCACCAACGCGUACACGACGACCGACAUGGGCUCGGGCGAGUUCGCCAACCAAGGGUACGCCAAGGCGGCGUACAUGCGCAACAUGGUGUACGUGGACACCAGCGACGCGACGCAGAACUACUCGCCGCCGUCGAGCAACGACAUCGUCACGGACAGCAGCGCCUACACGAUGGAGAAGCACUUCAACUCGGGCGUCCAGGACUGGAACAGCUACAUGUUCGUUGGUGGUCCCGGCUACGGCGGCAAUGUCGGCUCUUGA